AAACAAAUUAGAUAUGCCGACAUUCUUUGAAUUAGUAUCCCCUUUUUUGAUUGGAGGUAUCUCAGGAUGCACAGCAACAACCUUUGUUUAACCAAUGGAUACAGUGAAAGUGCGAAUUUAAGUCAGAAGUGAACUCAAAGGACAAGGCUAAGCUGUCAAUGUCAGCACUUUAGAAAUUGUUAGAGACAUCCUCAAAACAGAAGGACCUUUCGGAUUUUAUAAAGGGUUCAUCUUAAUAAUAUAUUAUUAGAAUUGGAGCUGCAUUACUCAGAUAAGUCACUUAUGCUACAACUCGUUUGGGAUUAUAUAGAGCUAUAGAUGAUCAUUUCAAAAGAACCUAUGACAGAAGCAUGUACUUCAAGGAAAGAUGCUUAGCAUCAUCAUUUUCUGGAUUUGUUGGAUCAAUAGUUGGAAAUCCAGCUGAUUUGUGUUUGGUCAGAUUUCAAGCUGAUACACUUUUACCUGCUGCAUAAAGGAGAAACUAUAAGAAUGUAUUUGAUGCUCUCUACAGAAUUGUUAGUGAAGAGGGACUUUUAACUCUCUGGAGAGGAUCAUUACCAACUGUCAUUAGAGCUAUUGCUAUGAACUUAAGUAAUUUAAAAUUUUAUAUAUUUUAGGUAUGUUAACUACAUAUGAUCAAAUCAAAGAUAUUAUAGUCUCUCUUCAUGGAAAAGGAAAAGAAGACUAUACAGACAAACUUCUGUAUAUAUUCUAUUAUUUAUAAUCUCUCUUAGAUCAUCUGCAGCAGCUGGUAUAGGAUGUGCUAUUGCUUCCUUACCUCCUGACAAUCUCAAAACAAAACUUUAAAGAAUGAAAAUAGAUCCUGCUACAGGAUAAUUCCCUUAUAAAAAUAUUGGAGAUUGUUUCCUCAAAGUAAUUCAUUUUCAAUUAUAAAUUCUAGACCAUUUAAAGGGAAGGUGUUACAGGAUUAUGGGUUGGAUUGCCAGUCUUUUAUACAAGAGUAGGACCACAUGCUAUGAUUACUCUUUUAGUCUAAGAUACAUUGACAUAAAUGUGGAAUCCUCCAAAGAAAAAAAAUUGAUAUUCAUCUAAUAAUUAUACAAUUCAUC